UGCACAGGGUUGCUUACUAACUUUCAUUUUUCUUCUUUUUUUAUUGUUCUCGUAAUUACGAUAAUUAUAGCGACACUGAUACUCGAAUUCACAGUGUUAGUUAAUCAUACGCAUAAAAAACAUGGAAGCAGUCUUGUCAAACUAUCUACCGUUAAGUCACAAAACAGUAAACUAUGACUGCAUUAAAUAAAGAGAUUUAUUGGUAUUAAAUCUGGGUCGAUAUUGAAUUGUGCUUAUCUGUAAUUGUAACUGGUUCGCGCGCUUGAGAUAUUGUCAAUGUUUAGCACAUAUGUGGACGAUAUAUGCGUUAUGCAUGAGGGGAUCAGUCAUUAUAAAAGAAAUUGAUUUUUGAACUAAACAUAUUAGCUAGAUUAAAGUUUACCUUCAAAAAAGGGCAUAGGUACACUUUUCGAAUGGGCCGACAACGCUUCUGUGAAUCCUGUGGUGCUAGGAGAAAAUAGCUAGGCUACAUAUAAUAUCCGGUGAAGGUUUCAUUUAAGAAUUUGUCAUAUUUAUCUGAAGAUAAAGAAUACACAUUCUUAUAAAAUAACAGUCUGUAUAUAUUUUAAACUAGACUUAUUGAAGUUCAUGAUGUCGAAAGAUAUAAAGAAUAAAGUGGUUUUGAUUACCGGUGGUGCUUCUGGAAUCGGUUACGAAAUAGCUGAUAGAUUUCUUGAAAAAGGCGCCUGUAAAAUUAUUUUAGUCGAUAUCAAUGAAAAACUUGGAAGUGAUGCAAUAAAAACGUUCAAUUUAAAAUAUGGGAACGAUAAGGUAUACUUUUUCAAUAGCGAUGUAACAAGUGCCAAGACUCUUUGGAAAACAAUAACUGAUACCUUCAAGGAUGUUGAUGUUCUGGUGAAUAACGCCGGGAUAGUACACGAAAAAGAUGUAAAAAGAAGUAUUGAUGUAAAUGUUACCGCAUUAAUUGAAUUAUCUUUUAUGUUUUGGGAGCACAAUCGGAAGGAUAAAUCUGGAAAAGGUGGAACAAUUAUAAAUCUCGCUUCCAUUUAUGGAAUCAGAUCUUAUCCCAUUAGUCCCGUGUAUCAAGCUUCAAAAUUUGCUGUUAUGGGAUUUACCAAAUCACUCGGACAUCAAUACAAUUUCAAGAGGUCUGGUGUUAGAGUUGUCGCAAUAUGCCCAGGAUUCACUGAAACUAACCUGCACAAAAAUUAUAGUCUUUGGGAUGAUACUUUAAGUGAUUACGUUACUGAGUUUGUGAAAGUUCAACUUUGGCAAAAAGUUGACUCUGUGGGCAGAGCGGCGGUUGUAAUAUUUGAAAAAGCUGAAAGUGGUACAGCCUGGUUGAUUGAAGGAGGUGAACCUAUCAAAGAAGUUUAAAUUGCCUACGUUCCUACCUUUUGGAAUGCUUUAUAAUCUGAUAACAGAUUGAAACGCACUAAUUCUAAAACCAAGGAGAUUGUAAAUUAAAUUAAAUAAAAUUGUUAGAUACGUCCGACACAUACGUGUUUGAAUUAAAUUUAUUAUAUUAACAGCCAUU